AUGGGUGUUUCCGCUGUCGCAAGCAAGCCACUUGGGGUCGCCCCCAGACCCAUUCAUUUCGAGAUGAACCUGUCCACCAUCAACGACAAGAGUUACGAUCAUCGGAAGAUCAUAGAGGCCGGCUUUGCCCCGUCCAACAUCACGCUUGGGAACGGAGAGCUCAGGCCAACGAGCAAGGCACUCGUCCCACGCCAUGUCGGGUCUGUCGUUCUUGCAAAGAAUGGCCUCAAGCUUUGCUACGAUGUUAUUGCCUUCAAUUACAUCGCCGUCCACUUAUUCGAAUGCAUGUCAGCUGCUUAUUUCUUCGCAUUCAAGGAUGAUCCUCAGGCAUGGAUCAAUCUCCUAUGUGAAGCGAAAUGCACCGACGUCGACAUCAACAAUCAAGUCUCAUCCUGUGCUGGCUCUGCCCCACAGACCCAUGGCCACAAGCGUCACAACUCUGGGAGUGGAGGUGGAGAGCCUAAGAAACAACGGUCCAACAAUCGGGGCCAGGACAAGAACCCCUACAAUGACAACAACUUCAACAAUGCCGACGAUGAUUAUGACAGUGACGAAGAUUCCGACAGAAAUCACAACAUCCAGAAACCCAACAAGGAUGAGCCCCCCAAGAAGAACCUCGCUUGCCCAUUUCAGAAGUUGUACCCCGGUCGGUUCCCCGAGUGUGAACAGCGCCUCCUGACCAGCUGGGAUCGUGUUUACCAACAUCUCAAACGCCACCACCUGCUCAAGAAGUCUUACUGUGCUCGCUGCCGCAAGAGGUUCGAGGAUAAAGACGACGUCCUCAAAGAUGAUCACAUUCGACGAGGUGAUUGCCAAAAGACCACUGCAAAGGAGACCGGGCUCCUCCUCACCGCCGAGUACAACAAGCUCAAGAAACUUGGUCGCGGCACUGAUGAGGACAAGUACAAGGAGGCAUGGGGCAGGCUGUUCUCAGAAGAGCCCUGCCCCAAAUCCUUUCUUCUUGAGACCGAGCUUGAGAUGCUCGAACGCGAGGCACCCGAUAUUCUAGCUGGAUUUCCCGAGUUUGAUGGGAUGUCGGAUGCGAGAAAGAAGGAGAUUGUUCGUGCCCUCUUCCGGCGAGGUUCGGCCCCGAUCCCGGAUCCGACCCCACCGGCUCUUACCCAGACCCCAGACCCGGACCCUACCUCGAUCUCACAGCCAACUGGCCAAGGCAUGGGCACCAACCCGGUUGAUGGACAGGCAAUGGCGCAAGCCAGUCAUGGCUCGAUGCCAUACAUUGACCCGGCGAUGAUGGCUCAGCUCAUGGCUCUCCAAGCCCCGCAUCAUGCGACCUCGUAUGAUGGAACCCCGUCUCAUCAGACCCCGUAUCAGUCGGACCCGUACCAUUCGGGCCCGUACCAUUCGGGCCCGUACCAUUCGGGCCAGUUCUCGGCGCUAGCUUCAUCUGAUCUUCAGGGCUCGCCCGGCAUGAGCACUAGCUCGAUUGCCGGUACCCUGACCAUGCCGUCUCAAGUUCAGAUGAAUCCCCAAGCUGGGCAUGGCCAACCGCCUAAUGGCUCUGGGUCCAUCCCGCCGUGGAAUUCCGAUUCGAUGACUGGUCGGCCAAUUGAAACCCCGGCCUUGACUGAAAUGCCGGGUCAGGUUCCAAUGAAUUCUACAUUCGGAUUCUGUUCGCAGAGCCCCGGCAGCCAGAAUCAUCUCAGCCAGGGCCAGCUGAGCUACCUCGACUCGCUUCCACAGACCUGGUCUGGCUCGAUGCAGGCGAUGCCUGACAGUUCGGCCUUGGACAAUUUCGAAACUGAUGACGAAUUAUCUGAUGAUUUAUUUAACUUUGGCACGAGUGAGGGCCACGAUGAGCUGGAUCGCUCCUCGGACUGA